AUGACGGAGACUUCUGGUUAUAUUCUAGCGCGCGUUGAAUCCAAACGACGCUUGAAGGCUUUCCUGGAUGACGACUUGAAAAUCAUCGUCAUCAUCCGUGACCCUAUCACUCGUGCCGUCUCUGACUAUGUCCACAAGCUCUCCGUUAUCUUCGAGGGUGGCUUGCCACGCAAAGCAUCAUUUCCCAUUACGUACCGCGGUGAUGAUCUGCGUGAGUCCAUCAAGGAUACUAUCAUCGACGUAUCAACGGGACGGUUAAGAGAUGGACAACAACUUGUGCGCUUUGGUCAGUACAUUACCUAUCUAAGAGGUCUGAUGGAGGUCUACAGUCGUGAUCAGUUACUUAUUCUAGACGGUGAAGCUUUCAUUGAAGACCCUCUCCCAAGUCUACAGCGUGUCGAGACAUUCCUUGGGGUUCCCAAGUUCUACAAAAGAGACCACUUCCGGGUGAAUCCUCAGACUGGUUUCUAUUGCGCGCACGUUCCUGAGCGUCCAUUCUAUCACUGUGCUAACCCGAAAGUUAAGGGUCGUCCGCAUCCUACCCUUGAUGAUGACUCAGAAGGAAAACUUCGAGAUUAUUACCGUCCCUUUAAUCUGCAGCUAGCAAAGGAAUUCGAUCUCGACUUUCCUUGGUUGUUUCAGUGA